AUGAAUGAAACCUCAUCAUCUCUUGAUUUAAGUACAUUAUGGGUUGAAUAUAAAAAUCCCGAUGGGCGUAUUUAUUAUUACAAUGCCAAAACUCGUCAAACGACAUGGACAAAACCAGAAGGACAACGUGUUAUGUCUCAAAGUGAACUUGAUCAAUUACUUGCUAGUCAAAGUGAUGCAUCAAAGAAACAUGUUGCACCAAUAGAUACGGAUACGAUCGAAGAGGAAACUGAAUCAAUAAAAAAUGAUAUUAUACCAUCUUCACCAACAAAUGACACUUCAGCAGCGAAUUAUAAUCCAUAUUCAUAUCCACCACCUACACUUGGUAUGCCAUUUGGUACAUUUCCGCCACAUUUAAUGCCACACAUGGCUCAGAUUAUGCAAAAUAAUUUUCCAGGUUUUGGUUCAAUACCUCCGCCCGCACAUUUACUUCGUUUUAUGAUGCCACCGUUUUUAAAUCCAACAGGUUUAACGGCAGGAAAAACUCUAGAAACAUUACAAACAGAAUUAAAAAAGUUACGUGUACAAUUAAAAGAACUUGAAGGAAAAAUGGAAAAAAUCAAUAAUGAAGCAUCAGUUUGGUCAGAAUUUAAAAAUCCAGAAGGACGACCGUAUUAUUAUAAUUCUAAAACAACUGAAUCAACAUGGGAUAAACCUAUUGUAUUAAAUGAUGUGAUUGAUUUUCAAAAUCAACUUGAACAUGUAAAUAAAACAAUUCAUGAAUCUGAAAAAGAAGCUAAACGACUCGAAAGUGAACAAAGUCAAUUAGCCGCAGUAACAGCAACAACAACUAAUGCUAGUGAUAAGCAACCACAACAAGCUGCUGCAACACCAGCAUUCAUUAAUGGAUUUACUUUAGAAAAAUUAGAUAAUAAUGAAAUGAGACGUUUUGGUGAAUCAGGACUAGGAGCAGAUCGAAAUGCAAUAGAUGAUAAAUCAAAAGGUAAAGCUAGACCGGUAUCAACAAAACCGAUAUCCGGUACUCCAUGGUGUAUUGUGUGGACAAGUGAUCAGCAAGUGUUUUUUUUCAAUCCAACAUCACGUAUAUCACUGUGGGAUAGGCCAGAAGAAUUAAAAGGACGAAUGGACGUUGAUGAAAUGAUCCAAGCAGCGCUGCCACAAGAUGAUCAAACAAAUAAUAAUAAUAAUAGAACAACUGCAACAAAACAAAAACUAGAUUCAACACCCGAUGGAACAGAACCUGAAACUAAAAAACUCAAAUCGGAGCCAAUUUUAGCUACAAAUACUUCUAAUGGCAAUGACAACCAUGAUAAUGAAGCAAAACUUGUACAACAUACUACUGAACGUUUAAAUAUUACACAAGAAUCUAGUUAUGAUGCAGAAACAAAAGCAGCUAAACAAAGAGAAUUAAUUCCGUAUGAAACACGGAUUAAACAAUUUCGUGAAAUGCUUGCUGAGAAACAAGUUAGUGCAUUUACAACAUGGGAACAAGAAAAAAGUAAAAUUGAUCAUGAUCUACGUUUUUCAUUGUUAUCAGCUAAAGAACGAAAACAAGAAUUUGAUCGUUAUACGCAUGAACGAGCUGAUGAAGAACGACGAGAAAAAGAAGCUAAAAUUAAAUUAAAAAAGCAAGAAUAUCGUGAUUUAUUAAUAGAAUCGAAUGUUUCAAUAAAAACGACAUUCACUGAAUUUUCAGCACGACACAGUAAAGAUGAACGUUUUCGUGCGAUAGAAAAAAUACGAGAUCGUGAAGCAUGGUUUCAUGAUUACAUGCAAGAAUUGAAAAUCAAAGAAAAACAAGGUUCUAGUCGUCAUAGUGACAAAGAAAAAUUAAAAAAAGAUUACUUCUCACUAUUAAAAGAAUUAAAAGUCACUCGAAAUUCGUCUUGGUCUGAUACAAAACAUUCCGGUGAACAUGAUUCACGUUAUAGAGCUAUUGAAUCCAGUUCAAGACGUGAGGAUUGGUUUCGUGAAUAUCAAUCAAAACAUAUUGAUGAAACAACAACUAAUUCCAAUGAAACAAAUGAAGAAAACAUCGAACGACAACGUGAAAAAGACAAACAAAAUCGUAUUGAUGCUAGUAUAAAAAAACGUGCUGAAGAAGUGAAAGAACAAUUAUCUGGUUUUCAACGUGAAUUAGAUAAAGAACGUGAACAAUUGAAAAAAGAUAAAGCCAUAGAAAAUUUUAAAGCAUUAUUAACUGAUAUGGUCCGAACACCUGAUGCUGAAUGGAAAGAAACAAAAAAGAAUUUACGUAAAGAUUCGCGAUGGGAUCAAGAUAUCGAUCGUAACGAAAAAGAACGUUUAUUUGAAGAACAUAUUAGUUUGUUAGAAAAAAAACGUAAAACAGCUUUUCAUAAUUUAUUAAGUGAACAUUGUACAUUAACAUCGUCAUGGAAAGAUGUUAAAAAAAAUAUAAAAUCUGAUCCACGUUUUGAAAAAAUUUGUUCUAAUGAACGUAAACGCGAUUUAGAAAAGGAAUUCGAAAAUUAUAUAAAAGAUAAAUAUCAAACAGCGAAAACAGACUUCAAAGAGUUAUUAAAAGAGACAAAAGUAAUUACAUACAGAUCACUUCAAACAAUUAGAGAAUCAGAAGAACAAAAUCAUUUACGUGACAUUGAAAAGAUUUUACAAAAAGAUAAACGUUAUUUACUAUUAGAUGUUAUACCAGAAGAACGUUCGAAAAUUUUAAUGGACUAUUUAGAAGAUAUUGAACAACGUGGUGUUCCACCACCGCCAACAGCAUCAGUAGACAGGCGAAAGCUUUGA